CUAGUAUUUAUCAUCUAAUGUCCUCUAACAUUCCUGGUGUGGAACAACGCGAUCCACAAUAUUUUGGUUACUAUGCUCAACUUCAGCACCAACAAAAUAUGCUUCAAGAUACAGUUCGUACCUCGACCUACCGUUCCUCUAUCCUUUUGAACGGACCAACAUCUUUUAAGGAUAAACUUGUCUUAGAUGUUGGUGCUGGGUCUGGUAUCCUCUCUUAUUUUGCUGUCCAAGCAGGAGCCAAAAAAGUUUACGCAGUUGAAGCAUCAGCAAUGGCUGGCAAGAUGAAAAAGUUAGUUUCGGAUCCAAAUAGAAAUGCUUUCUUAAAAGAUAAAAUUGAAGUUAUUAAUGCUAAAAUUGAAGAUCCUGAUUUACCUAUUCCUCAAGUGGAUACUAUUAUUUCUGAACCUAUUGGCGUACUCUUAUUUCAUGAAAGAAUGUUGGAAAGUUAUGUUUAUGCAAGAGAUCAUUAUUUGAAACCAGGAGGAGCCUUAUUUCCUUCAAAGGGUACUAUUUUCCUUGCUCCUUUUACGGAUGCUACGUUAUGGAGCGAAACGAUGGCUAAAGCUCGUUUCUGGGAACAACAAUCAUUUUAUGGUAUUGAUCUUACUUCACUAUAUAAAGAUGCUCGCGAUGAAAUGUUUGGUAUGCCGGUCGUUGGUCAUUUUGAUCCAAAUAACUUGAUUACAACACCUUUUAAUGGUUACAAUGUUGAUUUUACUACAAUUACUGUAGCUGAGCUACAAGAUUUAACAAUUCCUUUUGAAUGGACAGCACAAUAUACUGGCCUUAUGCAUGGUGUUGCAGGCUGGUUUGAUCUUUUGUUUGCAAGCACGAAUGAGGGCACAACCAUUGAGAUGUCCACAGGGCCCGCAGCUGAGCGUACACACUGGCAACAAGUUAGAUUUUUGUUUAAGGAACCUUUGGCAGUAAAUGCACGACAACAGAUUCGUGGAUGGAUGCGAUGUAUUGUAAAUGAUAUGCGAAGUUAUACGAUCUAUGUUGAAGUGACAGCUACAGAUGGAGUUGAAUUAAGCGACCCUAAUGAUAUAAAUAGAUUUAAGGAGCAACAAGAAACAGGACCUUUAAUGCGUCGUGGUAUUUGGGAAUUACACGAACAAACAUAUAAUUAUAAUUAUACACCUGGAAUGAUGCCAGAUCAUAAACCUGAAUAUUCAUGUCUUUAUGAGCCUGAAUUUAAUUUAGAUAAUCACGAUUUAGAAGCUAUGAAUGUUAUGGAAACUUAUGAAGAUUUUGUAAACUAAUAAAAAUCUAUUCCUUUAUACAUAUA